AUGAUUGCCGUAUCAAGGCUUCUGACGGCUUUUCCGACAGAUUUCACGCCACAAACACUCACAGAACUCGUUUCUUCGAUUUCCGCCCCGAUAACUGAUGCCGAAGAGGCUCUAUUCCAACAGAAAGGCUCGAAAGAGGUAAUUGUUUCAUUUGGAAUUUAUAAGUAUAAUUGAUUUUCAGGUGCCUUUUGCGGGAAUGGACCGGAGCGGAAGAGCCGUUUGUCGAAAGCACACGCAGGUUUUUCGUUUUUGUUGCUUUAAAAUAAAAAUUCGGUUUUCUAGGGGAUUUGUCCUUUUGGCCAAACCUGUCCGCUACGACAUCUUAUCGGUGAGAAAGCUGUCGUUUGUAAACAUUGGCUUCGUGGCCUUUGUAAGAAGGUUUGUUGAGAUUUUCAACUUUUCAAGUAGUCUUCAGUUUGAAUAAAGUUUUGAAAACGUUUAUGCCGUUUUUUUUCCGUAUAAAGUUUUUCCAGGGAUUUUUUCAAGGAAGAGCUGUAAAAAACAUUUUCUGUACGUUUUCAAACAAAAAUGAUCAUAUUUGAAGAGUAUUUUUAAACCCAAUAACGGUUUUAACGCUUUUAAUACUACGCAAAGCUCCAGAGAAGAUUUUUGAUUACAAUGGAAAAGCUGAAUUAUCUCCAUUUCACGGUGGAAAAGCUCAAAAUUAUGCUUUUAGGGAGAUCAAUGCGAGUUCCUUCACGAAUACGAUUUGACCAAAAUGCCCGAAUGCUUCUUCUUCUCCAAAUAUAGUCAGUGAAAAAUCGAAUUUUGGUUGAAAAGAAAUCAAAAAGUUUGCAGUGGCGUGUAGCAACCGGGAAUGUCCGUUCAGGCAUAUCGAUCCAGAAUCCAAAAUGAAGGAUUGUCCUUGGUACGAUCGCGGGUUUUGCAGACAUGGUUUUUUUUUUCUAGAAUUUUUUUUUUGUGAAACACAAUUUUUCAGGCCCUUAUUGUAAGCAUCGACAUCGACGCCGUGUCAUGUGUCCCAAGUUUUUUUGGCCGGUUUCUGUCCUCAAGGUUUCUUUUUUUCAUUAUUUUUUUAAUUUUUUUGAAUUUUUUUAUUAAAAAAACUGUUCAUUUGUUAUGAAGAAAUAAAAAUAAUGUUUUAAAAAUUUUCUAGAUUUUCAGAAACAGUUCGGCAGUUUGAUGAAAUUUUGCUAAGAAGUACUUUAAGUUAUCUUGGUUUCAAACCAGAUGAAAAUAAAAACGUAUUCUCCUGCUUUUUAGUAGACGCCCAAAACUCCUUUUUUUCUAUUUUGGCGGUUUAUAACCCAAUUUAAGGGAAAAUGCCUGAAAUUAUGCUUGUUUAAGGUCCCUGAGGACAUCUCAGCUGUUUUUUGCAUUACCGUUGUAAGAAUUUUUCUCGAAAUAGGUAUUAAAAUUGAACUCAUAAAAAGAUUGCCAUUUUGUCAAAUUCAUUCCUCUUUAAGGUCCCGCCUGUUCCUAUGCCCAUCCCUCCUUUGCACUGCCUUCCGCCGAGAACUCGAUGCUCAACAACAAACGAGCCUUCAACCAGCAGAUCGUCUGCCACAAUUGCCAUGAGCGGGGCCACAAAGCCACCCACUGUCCUCAUCUUCCCGGCCAGCCUUCUAAUAAUGUUCAUUUACUGUCAUAUUUCGAAAGAAACUGUCUUUUUCCAGCCGGCUGACGGUCCUCCGAUGAAGGCGCCUGAAAUUUCCAUGUAUCCAGAGCAGAAGAACUUGGCCGAAGUUACUUGCUACAAGGUUGGGUGUCUUUUUUUAGUUUGAAAACGUGUGAAUUUCUUUUUUGUAUUGAGUAACGUUUUGAAAAUGCAGUAUAAGUCGUAGAAUAAGUAGGAAUUUCAGAGUAAUCCUUAUAGGGAUUGAUAAAGCGCUCUCUAAGGGGGGACCUUCCAAGGGCCCCUAAAUUUGCCUUUAUAGACACCAAUCUAGAGUUCCUAAGUAGAUUAGAGUAACGCUUGGAAGUCCAUGACUUUUUCUGCCGUUUUUCAAAUAAUUUCGGUUAUUUCGAAAUUAGAUUUUUAGAAGAUUUCAGAAAAUUUGAUCCAAAAAAUAUCGCGAUAUGUGAAUUUCACGCGCGAAUUUUAAAUUUCGUUUAAAAAAUGCCUAAAUGAUCUCAAAAUCAGGAAGGAGUUUCGCGCGUAAAAGUUACCGUAAAAAGUCACAUGUGAUAUAUCGUUAGCGGAAUCAUUUUAAAACUUUUCCCGAAAUGUCUAUUUUGCGAAAUUUUUCAAAUAACCGAAAUUACUCCGAACACGGCUUUACGUCGCACUAAUUUUUCCAUCAUUCCAGUUUUUUCUUUGAUAAGUUGCAAGCUCUUUUCUAGAAGUUUCAUUGAGUUUGCCUUCUCGGAAAUUGGUAGUGCGUAACGGACGUGCUCCGGACGUUUCUGAGCACUUCUAGGGAUCGCUAAAGAGUUCUGACUCUACUAAAGUGGUCACUAGGAAUGCCCCGACACGUCCGAUCCGCGUUACCAAUGUCCGAGUUCAAAAGAGCUUUGUUGUCUUGAAAUGAGAAAUAUUGAUUAGAUCUCACUUCUUCAUAUCCUUCUCUUCAAUUUACAGUGUGGUGAGAAAGGUCAUUAUGCGAAUCGAUGUCACAAAGGAGCCCUCGCUUUCCUUUCAAACACAGCCCAUUUGGCACAAGAACAACGAGAAAAAGACGAGAGGGAACAGGGCCGGUUCGUUCCUUUUUCCUUGAUUUUUUGAGUCCAAAUUCAACUUUUUCCAGAUUCACGGGUAUGCCUCGGUAG